CUCACGUCCGCCAUUUUUCUUCUAACUAGCAGGAAAAAUUAGGUAUGUUUUGUAUAUGGCUGCGGUCCGAUUUACGCUUACAGCGCUAUCAACGCGCUCACGGUCGGUCCGAUUUAUUUGGUGAGCGUUUUCUGUGAGCGAAGUGACGUCAUGGAUUUUUGAAUUUGCGUGCUCAUGGUGACCAUGCUUGGGAGAUGGGUCAGCGUGAGCGACGGUGAGCGCUUACGUCAAUUUGCGCGGGAAAAAUGAAAGUAACGUUCAGUACGUUCACUGGCGUGUCUUACAUGUGCCUUACAUUGUUUUGAAAAUGACGGAAUUUCGCAGAAUUUUGUUUCCAGUCUAUAUAGAGGACACGGGAGAAAACAUAAUACUUAAGUUAACAGCAGCAGAAGCUGCGAGAGCAAAGAAAAACGAAGCAUUUCUAUUGCAAUUGAUAAAUGAAGAAAAGCGAAAAAAUGUGACAGUUCCUCAGAUCUGCGAAACCAGUGAAGGAAAUGUUUGUAUGGAGGAAGAUUUAUCUCCUGGUCCAUCUUCGUUUGCUUCAGAGGCAGAUACCCUGCAUAUCCCAUCGUCUGACACUUCGAUACGAAAUGUCGAUGAGUCAACUGAGAAUGACAAGUCUUUAUUCAUAUGGUCAUCGAAGAAUGUAUAUUUGCUCUUGGAAAGAUAUGAGGAACGGAUGAAUGAGUUCUCAUCAGGUACAAAACGUCAUUCAAAAAUCUGGAGUAGCAUUGCAAGCGAUAUGAACAAAAUUGAUCCAGGAAUUGCAGUGUCAGGCACACAAUGUCAGUCAAAAAUGAACAGCAUGAAAAAAUGUAUCGAAAUAUCAUAGACCACAAUAACAUAUCAGGAAAGGAUCGAAAGUCAUGGCAAUAUUUUGAGAAAAUGUAUGAAUUAUUCGGAAAAUCAGGAUGGGCCAAUCCGAAAGCAAUAGCAACAGAGGCUGGACCUUCAUCCUCGGCAAGUUCAACAGAUGAGAAUAUGAAUAUUAUGGAAAUGCCUGCCACUAAGAAGCCAAAAUCUGAAAAAGUUUUAGAUAAAUUUAUGAAGCAAAUGAAACAAGAUAGACAG